AGCUUCAAGCACAGCCUUUUCCUGCUCUCCGGAUAACGGGUCUGUGUAGAGAGGAAGGAGGGCGGGAUUCCAGAAGGGAAACACGAAAUAAAGUCACUCAUCAAUACAAGGAAAAAAGUUGGAGCUAAGAUGGCUGCUGGACAGGGGGGCAAGGAGAGCCGCUGCCCAGCCGCAGUAUGGUGAACCCCAGCCGUGUCAAGCCCCAGCCGCCCCCAGAACUGGACGGAGAGGAGAGGAAGAAGAGGAGAAAGGGCGAUCUGGAGAUGAAGACGGUGCCAGCCUCCUCCUCCCCCCCCAGGAUGAUGGAAAUGGACACCAUUCCCAGACAAGGGGCGCCCCCAGGGGGAUCCACCCCGUCCCCUCUCUCCUCCUGUUCCCGACAGGCGUGGAGCAGGGACAAUCCGGGCUUCGAAGCAGAGGAGGACGGCAUGGAAGAAGAGGAGGAGGACGGAGAAGAGGGCACGGUGGUAGAGAUGGAUGUGGAGUGGCAUCCUUCUGCAGGACAUGCCCGGAGGUCUUCAUCCCUGGUAUCCUCCAGUAGUGGAGGCAGCACUGGCCUGGUCGGAUAUCACCACCAUCCCAAUAGUAUCGGAGGACAGGGGCAGAGGGGGAGGAGGAGGAGAGGAGAGCCUGGCACUGUAACUGGCACCGCCAACCAAGGAGCUGAGCCGACUCAGGAGCUGGAAGGAUGGCCAAAGAUCCUGCACACUGUCCGAGGUCUCUGGGGUACAAGAUACACAGAAGAUCGUAUAACUACCAGAGAGAAAUACCUGAAGAGCGUGCUCCGCGAGCUUGUCACAUAUGUGGUGUUUCUUAUUCUCUUAUGUAUUUUAUCAUAUGGGAUGGUGUCUUCCAGCAUGUUUUACUAUACAAAGGUCAUGACCCAGCUCUUCCUGGACACACCGGUUGCAAAGUCUGAAAGGACAACUUUCAAAACCUUAAUGUCAAAAGAAGACUUUUGGAAGUUUGCAGAGGGCCCACUAUUGCAUGGUCUAUACUGGGACAUGUGGUUCAACAACAGUACAAUGACCGAAAACCAAAGCGUUAUCUAUUAUGAGAACAUGCUACUUGGGGUGCCUCGUCUGCGUCAGCUUAAAGUGAAGAAUGGCUCCUGCACUGUGCCAGAAGAUUUAAAAGAUGAUAUCAAAGACUGCUAUGAUAUGUAUUCAGUGAAGAGCGAAGAUACGGCCCCCUUUGGGUUACGAAAUGGAACAGCCUGGACCUACAGCAAAGAAAAGGAGCUAAAUGGCAGCAGCCAGUGGGGCCUCAUUGCAAUAUAUAGUGGGGCCGGCUAUUACUUGGACCUGUCCAGGGACAGAGAAGAGGCUGCUGCUCAAAUUGCAACUUUAAAGAAAAACAUGUGGCUGGACAGAGGCACCCGAGCAGUGUUUAUCGAUUUCUCUGUUUACAAUGCAAAUAUUAACCUAUUCUGCAUUGUGAGGCUAUUGGUGGAAUCCCCAGCUACCGGUGGCCUGAUCACAUCUUGGCAUUUUCAGACAGUGAAGCUCAUCCAUUACAUUUCCACAUUUGACUAUUUCCUGGCUGCCUGCGAAAUAGCUUUCUGUUUCUUUAUACUUUAUUACAUGGUGGAGGAGUUCCUGGAGAUUCGCAUUCACCGCCUGCACUACUUCCGAAGCCUUUGGAACUGUCUUGAUAUCCUCGUCAUUGUGCUCUCGGUGGUGGCAGUGGCAAUCAACUUGUACAGAAUGACAUCUGUGGAAGGACCACUAAAUAAACUCCUGGCAGACAUGAAUUCAUUUCCAAACUUUGAAUCUCUGGCUUACUGGCAAAGUCAGUUCAACAGUAUUGUUGCUCUGACUGUGUUCUUCGCUUGGAUUAAGCUCUUCAAGUUUGUGAACUUCAACAGAACCAUGACCCAAUUGUCUACAACCAUGUCUCGUUGUGCUAAGGAUAUCCUGGGCUUCUCCAUUAUGUUUUUCAUCAUAUUUUUGGCAUAUGCCCAAUUUGCCUACCUUGUGUUUGGCACUCAGGUGGAUGAUUUCAGCACUUUCCAGGACUGCAUCUUUACCCAGUUCCGUCUUAUUCUGGGCGAUUUCGACUUUACCGAGGUCGAGGAAGCAGAUCGAAUAUUGGGGCCCAUCUAUUUUUCAUCUUUUGUCUUUUUUAUGUUCUUCAUUCUUUUGAAUAUGUUUUUAGCCAUCAUCAGUGACACAUAUUCAGAAGUGAAAACAGAUAUGGCUCAGCAAAAAACUGAAAUGGAGUUGGCUGAUCUUAUAAAAAAGGGUUGUAGCAAAGCAAUGGUGAAGCUAAAACUGAGGAAGACUACGGUGGAUGACAUUUCAGAGAGUCUCCGACAAGGAGGAGGAAAGCUGAACUUUGAUGAGCUAAGACAAGACCUAAAAGGGAAAGGCCACACGGAUGCAGAAAUUGAGGCCAUUUUUGCUAAAUACGACCAAGAUGGAGACCAGGAACUUACUGAACAUGAACAUCAGCAGAUGAGGGAUGAUCUAGAAAAAGAGAGGGAGGACCUGGAGCUUGAUCGGAGCUCUCUGCCUCGUCCCAUGAGCGGUCGCAGCUUUCCACGCAGCCUGGAUGACUCAGAAGAGGAUGAUGAUGAAGACAGUGGGCACAGUUCUCGCCGCAGAGGCAGCAGCUCCAGUGGAGUUUCUUAUGAGGAGUUCCAAGUGCUUGUGAGAAGAGUGGAUCGGAUGGAGCAUUCUAUUGGGAGCAUUGAUGAACGGCUUGGCCGGGACAAUGAUAUGCACCGAGAACAAAUGGAGCGGCUAGUGAGGGAGGAGUUGGAACGAUGGGAAUCCGAUGACACAACUUCUCAAAUGAGCCACCGCCUAGGGACUCCUAGUGGAACUAAUUGUCAGCCUCGCGCCAAAACCUCACGUCCUCCAUCUUCCCAGUCUACCGAGGGACUGGAGGGGGGAGGAGUGGCUACCAGUGUCUCUAAUAGCCAGGUGUAA